AUGAAUCAAGUACCUGUACGCUGGAUGGCACCAGAAACAAUUCAGAAACUACCGCAGUUUUCAACUAAAAGUGAUGUGUGGUCAUUUGGUGUACUAAUGUAUGAAAUUUUCAAUGAUGGGAUAAAACCAUGGCCUAACUGGGAUGCAAGACGAUGUGCGACUUAUAUUAGACAAGGCAAUAUGCCUGAAAUGCCUGUGCAUAUUGGUGUCUGA